GUUAAAUAAGAGUAUUUAAGAUUUUACAGCCAAGAAGCAUUCCUGACAAUUCAUUCGGCUGGAUAGUCAUAUAACGUCGACAAUAAACAGUGGUGCCAACAAAAACAGCUAAGAUGACCGCAUUCUUGCUAGGUUAAGGGUUAGUUAAAGACGUUUCGAUGCUACGUGACGUAAAUGACGUCACUUCCCCCAUGUAAUGGACAUCCGCACGUGUUGAACAAGUGACUGUUUACAGUACUUGUUAAUUCUAGACUUUAGGUAGCACACGCCAACAACAGACGCGCCAAUAUCGUAACAACUUCUGUCAAACUACAGCGAUGCCGAAAGUGAAGCGAUCCAAAGGCGGAGGAGGAGGAGGAGAGACGAGCGGAGCAGCGGUGGCGCUGGCUGACCAGAUCAUGCAGGCGGACACGGUGCGAGCCCGAGGCCGGGUGAAGAGCAGAGACAGUCGGGCAGAAAACGAAGACAAGUACGUAGACGAGCGUCUGUCGCGGAAGAUCUUACACCAGGCACGAAUUCAGCAAGAGGAGCUUCAGACCGAAUAUGGACUGGCACCAGAAAAGAAGAAAACUCCAGUCACUGUUCUCGGGCCUGACACUCAGGAUGCAGACUCCGACGAGGAGUGGCCAGCGCUGGGACAAGCUGGUGCUGAUGAUGGCGAUGUUGUGUGUGACACGGAAGUCGUUGUGGACCCUGACGACGAGAAGGCCAUGGAAAUGUUCAUGAAUAAAAACCCUCCGAUGAGACGGACCUUAGCUGAUAUUAUCAUGGAGAAGAUUACAGAGAAGCAGACUGAGGUAGGGACAGUGAUGUCAGAGGUGUCAGGGCGUCCAAUGCCCCAACUUGACCCGAGGGUAACCGAAGUGUACAAAGGUGUCAAUAAGGUUCUGUCAAAAUAUCGCAGCGGUAAAUUGCCAAAGGCUUUUAAAAUAGUCCCAGCACUUUCAAACUGGGAGCAGAUUCUUUAUUUGACUGAGCCUGAGACCUGGACAGCAGCUGCCAUGUACCAAGCAACAAGAAUCUUCUCGUCCAAUCUGAAAGAGCGAAUGGCCCAGAGGUUUUACAACUUGGUGCUGCUGCCCCGAGUACGGGAUGAUAUUGCAGAGUACAAGCGACUUAACUUUCAUCUCUACAGUGCUCUGAAGAAGGCCUUGUUCAAACCGGGAGCAUGGUUUAAAGGUAUACUGAUUCCUCUGUGUGAAUCUGGUACGUGUACUCUGAGGGAAGCCAUCAUCAUCGGAAGCAUACUCACAAAGUGCUCAAUCCCUGUGCUCCAUUCUAGCGCUGCAAUGCUGAAGUUGGCAGAGAUGGAGUACAAUGGUGCUAACAGCAUUUUUCUGCGGCUCUUGCUUGACAAGAAAUACGCCCUGCCUUUCCGUGUCCUAGAUGCCUUGGUGGCCCACUUCCUGUCCUUCCGCAGUGAAAAACGUGUGCUUCCUGUGCUGUGGCAUCAGAGUUUACUCACCAUGGCUCAGCGCUACAAGGCUGACCUGGCCUCCGAACAGAAGACAGCACUGCUGGAGCUGCUCAAGAUACAAACACACCCUCAGAUCUCUGCAGAGAUUCGCAGAGAACUGCAAAACUCAGAGUCCAGGGAUCUUGAAAUUGGGCUCCCUGUUACAGUUGAAAUGGACUGAGGAUUUCUUCAGCAUGAAGAAAAUUGUGUUAAAUCUAACUUCAUUAAGGACAGAUUAAAAAUGGAUGUCUCAUUACAGUGUCGUCGGAGCCACAAUUCUGGUCCCUGAGUGGAUGAGUUUGCACAUUUAAAAAUGCACAUCAGUAGUGAUGUAGAUGUUGUUAUUUCAUAUCAGGAAUCUGAUAUUUGCUUUACCUGCCUUAGUAUCUUCAAACAGGAAAUAAAAUUGGAUACUGUUGAGACAUAUUUA